CUUCAUUUAUUCUUAUCGAUUUCCAAGUUCCGAGUCGCAACCUUGAAACCUUCGAAUCGGACUUCCAUGUUAUUUCGUAUUGGAAUACCCGACACUGAAUCUACCUAAGACAAGGUCGAAUUCGAGGAUACUUGAUCUGCAUCAGUAGAACCGUACGGAGGUGAAAUGACUUGCAAACGGAAGCGCCAGGAAGCCGACAUCGCGUCCAGAGCAGCUGUAUCGAAGCGAUCCCGCCACACCACAGAACCGGAUUUACUAUCACCGUUAUCUGACGAAUUGCUCGUUCGCAUCCUCAUAUUUCUGCCUCUUCCGGAUCUCCUAAAUACAGCCCCCGUAUCGCGUCGAUUCUACCAUCUAUCUGGCGACUACCAGCUAUGGAAGCGUCUAUACUAUUCGCGCUUCGUCCUGCCCCGCGCCCUUCGCAUACCGGGAUUCCGCGAUGGUUCCGCUAGAGAAGGUAAGCUCCAUUACUCCUCCCGGAGGGCGGUAUGGGCAGAUGGGAGAAGAGGAGGUUGGGUAGAUAUGCACCUUGGAGACCUGGACGACCGAUCGAGGGAUUGGAAGAAGCAGUAUAAACUGCGACAUAACUGGUCUAAGGGAAAAUGCGCCGUCGAGGAAUUACAACUCGGACAGGAGCUACCGUUACCCGACACGAGCCUAUCGCAUAAAGUCCUUGUAAAAGUUACCGAGGGUAUCGCAAUAACGGCGGAUGCAUCUACAGGAUUGCGGGCCUGGGACCUAAAGACGAAACAACUCUUAGCCCAGAUUAAUCUAAGGGAGAUCAAUUCGGAAGCCUCUCCGAGUUGUAUUACGAUAGACGAUCAAAAAAUACAACAUCACAUUUUAGAAAUCGCCAUUGGCUUUACAGAUGGGAGUUUCGGGAUAUGGAAAUUAGACGUGCAGGAGAAGAAGAUACUGUUAAGAUACAGACACAAGGGAUCCAGCAAUGGAGAAUUAGUCGGAAUUGCCUUCUCCCAUCCAUAUAUUUUAACAGCAACCAAAUCUGUCCUUAUUUCCCUUUACACGUUCGACAUUCCUCCCAAGACAGAUCGUUCCAACACUCUAGAACGAGCUGGAGAGAUCCAUGGUCAAUUGGGAGAUUUUGAGAGCGAAUCUGAGGAAGAUUUAAGGAAGAUAGAAGAAGAUCCCAAGCGAGUAACUCUUCGAGCACCCUACCUACUUACAUCACUUAAGUCGCAUACGUCGAGGACUCCUUUGGCCUUGUCUAUUAGGAAGACGACUGCUAGUACUAUAGCUUCGAUAGCUUAUACAUUCUCAACCUUUCAAGGCUGGUCCUUGGGCAUCCAAGAUUUACAUUUACGCCCUCCUACUUCCCGGUCAAAACACACACCGGAUAUUUCAACAACUCGAUUGGCUUAUACAUUACCAGUCCGAACUAACUCUUCUCACGUUCCAUCGCCACCAAUAUCACCAACCUGGCAUACAAGCCUGCAAUCUUCGCAUCCAGACGACGAAGGCAUUGAUGGGCCCACCAAUUUAUGUUAUACGCACCCUUAUCUUCUUGCAACUCUGCCAGAUAACACAUUAAUUUUAUACCUUUGCACGUCCAAUGCGACUUCAUUAUCAAUAUCGCCUGGUAUCCGGCUUUGGGGACAUACAUCCGGCAUAAGCGACGCCGAAAUAACGGCCCGCGGAAAGGCGGUCAGUGUUAGUUCUCGGGGCGAAGAAAUUCGAGUCUGGGAACUUGAAGGGAGGGUACACGGCAAGAGCAUCGAAGUCCGUCCCACCCCUAAACUUAUCACCAACAACCAAGACGGAACAGAUGAUCAUGUUAAUACUAAUACCACGACCGUCCAAUGGGAUGAACGGCGGAAUUGGGUAGGCUUUGAUGAUGAAAUGGUUAUUGUUCUUAAAGAGUCAAAAGGACGAGAGAGCCUGAUGGUCUACGACUUUACGUAAAGUUUAUACCGACGCAGAACUGAUACAGGGAGUUAAGACGUAAUUUACACCGGUAUAUGAACCGCCGUCCAGUAUAUCCGACGGGCACAUGUUGUCAAUA